UCAGAACCUCGAACGCAGCGCAGUAAAACCUAAAGAAGAACACAAAUACAAAGAGAUAUAAAUAAUUAUUUUCCCGAGUGUAGUGAAGUUUUGAGUGAUUUUGUUUUGAAAAUGUUGUCCAUGCACGAAUUAAUGGAUAUGAGAAUGCAGCAGCAGCUGGCACAUGAGUUGUACCGUCAACAGAUCAUGCAACGCAUACCGGAUCCCUUUCCGAGCAUGUUGCCGUUGCACAUGGCACAACCCCAGCCACAGAUGAUGAUGCCCAGCCGACCGACAUUGCCGGGCGUAGAGGCCAAGUUGGAGAAUAACGAUUUGUGGCAGCAGUUCCAUCAGAUUGGCACCGAGAUGAUCAUCACCAAAAGCGGCAGACGCAUGUUUCCCUCGAUGCGUGUUUCCCUCAGCGGAUUGGAGGAGGAGGCCAGCUACUGCGUGCUCCUCGAGAUGGUGCCCAUUGGCGAUUGUCGCUACAAGUUCUCUGGCUCCCAAUGGGUGCCAGCUGGCGGUGCCGAGCCACAGAGUCCACAGCGCAUGUAUCUGCAUCCGGAUAGUCCGGCAACUGGCGCACAUUGGCAAUCCCAGGCCUUGCUCUUCAACAAGGUCAAGCUGACGAAUAAUACACUCGAUAGCAAUGGACAUAUUGUGCUGGCCAGCAUGCACAAGUAUCAGCCUCGUUUGCACAUCAUCCGGAGCAGUGAGCUCACCCAGCUGCCCUGGGCGCCACAGCAGGCGUUUGUCUUCCCGGAGACGGAGUUUGUCGCCGUAACAGCCUAUCAGAACGAUCGCAUUACCAAGCUGAAGAUCGACAACAAUCCCUUUGCCAAGGGCUUCCGUGAGUCCGGCCAAUCGCGUUGCAAGCGCAAGCUGAACAGCAGCUCCAACUCCAGUGCCGAAUCCGAGGAUGAUGGCUCCAGUGUCAGCAGCUGUGAUUCCCCGCAAGCAAAGCGUCAACGCUCCGACUUUGAUCACGACUCUCAGCGCAGUCUCUCGCCGGCCUACUAUGCUGCUCCAGCUGCAGUUGUUUCCCCGCAUCCCGCUUAUCAUAAUGCUAUGGGCUACGCACCAGGAGCAGCUUUGUUGCAGGCCGCUUACUUUGUCGGAGGAGUGCCGCCAAUGGCAACCCUGCAACAGUCUGCCUAUGUGGCAACACCAGCAGCAGCGCCACAGCUGGAGACGCCAACAGUGUCCAUCUCAUCCCCUCACAGCACACCAACAAGCUCGCCACGCACAACAACCUCCAAAAAACGCAACAGUUUCAGCAUUUCAGCCAUUUUGGCCUAUUGAUGUUGUUGUUGUUGUUGCCAUCUCAGCUUUGUUGUGAUUACCGUGUGCAUUAUAUUAGCAUUAAGUUGUAUUCUGUUAAUUAUUUCUAAGCGCAGCUUUCAAAUAAAGCAAACAUUAUAUCAUAUUA